AUGGCUCACGACAAGUAUUGCUGGGAAUGUAACAUAGACUCCGCCAAAUAUAAUUGCUGGAACUGUUUCCGUUCAUUUCACAAAGACUGUGUGAAAGAUGAAAGGUUUCGUAUUGGCCGAGCCGGAUGGCAAUGUCCGAUAUGUAUCGAUCUGGAAACUUCAAAAGCAAAUUUUGUCGGAAAGCAAUCGGUUCUGGAUUUGCUCAAGUACACCAUAGCUGAUAUUUUGGAAAAGCCCGCUUUUCGACAGUUGCAACAAAAGUUGGAGAACUUCUUCAAUAAAAGCGCUGAAAUCGUCAACCCAGUGGAUUUGAUAAAAAUGAAAAAGAAGGCCGAUGAAGGCCUCUACGAUAGUUUGGAAGCAUUCGCCGUUGAUAUUGAAUGUAUUUUACAUAAUAUCGGCAUACGUCGCUGGUUGCCAUCACCAUCUCUAUCUGAAACUGUCAACGGUUUGGUGGAAUUUUGCGAAACUCAAAUCGAGAAUAUUGAAGGUUGUUCUGAUUGCUAUGAAAACAGACACAAAUAUCCGGAAGAAUGGCAAUUUUUAGCUUGCAGAAAACCUCACAUAAUACUUUGGACAACCGAUUUGAAUGCCCGAAAAUACUGGCCGGUUAAACUAAUCUCGAUUGUAAAUGCGGAGCAAAUCAAAGUCGUUCGCUUUGGUAGCGGUAGUUCAGAUUUCGUCAACAUUUUGGCGAACAAUUGCUACUUGUACUCGAGAGAUUCGCCCGCAUACGGUAAAUACAACUUGGAACGCGAACUAAAGGAAGUGAAGUCAUACAUUGAAAACGCCGAGAAAAAAUUUGGCCGAUUCUGGUUGGCUUCGAAAAGAACUCGAUUCUAUCAAAAUAAACUCGCCAUACGCGUGAAGGCAACAUUUCCAGACUACGAUGGGCCGUGCCCGUACAAUUUGGACGGCAUCGAAAGUGACUUCACAGAAAUGGACAAUUACUUUAGUGAUGUUGACAUUGACUCUAGUGAAUAUUAUGAAGAAAGCAUUGGAAGUGCCACUAGCUCCAGUGAGGAUGAAGAAAGCAGCGAGGAUGAAAACAGCAUUGAAGAUUUAAGUGCGAAUAAACGAUAUCAGCCAAGCCAUCCGUUCAUCCAAUGGCCCAAAGAGGACAAUAACAGCAAAAUGGACAGAAGUGAUAGUUCCAUUGACGGUAAACAAGAUGACGGUUCCAUUGACAGCUCCAAUAAAGAUUCCGUCAACACCACCGAAAUUGAUGAUGCCACCAGUACGAAUUUGACUCAAGAUAUGAAGCGGCGUCUCUCGUCAGAAUGUCAAAGCACGACAUCGAAAGAAAUACCAGCAAAUCGUAGCACCGAUGGCAACAUUAUUGACAAAACUGACGCCGAUAUGGAUGCAGAAAUUCCAACGAAGAAACAGCGUAUCUCCUCGGAAAACGAAAUCAUUUAUGGUGUGCUAGAAACGGUUCAACACGACCAUCAAUAUGACACUAGUUUUGCAGACGAUUCAGGUUUUAACAACUCCAGUUUAACAUCAUCAUCGGUCGUCGAAUCUUCACCUGGUCAAAGCAAAGCAAACUCUACACAAGGCAUUGAUUCACAAAUCGACGAAAUGACAAGCACACUCAAAUUUGAAGCCGUACAAAAGGAACUGAUUUUUUCGAAAAAGAAAAUCGCUGAAUACGAAAAAAUGAACAAGAGCUUGACUGAAAAAAUGGAACUUCUCACAUUCAAACGGGCGCUAGAAAAUUCAGUUACAAAGGACACAUUGGCCAAUUUGAAAAAGAAGCAUGCCAUUGAAAUUGCAAAUCUGAAUAAAUCACUCAAACAAUUAAUCGCCGAAAAUCAAUCACACGAACAAACCAAGAAGGACUUGUUGGCACAAAUCCAAGUCAUGAGUCAUAAAAUCGCAAAUGCCAGCGAAGAAGUGGUGGCUUCAAGCAUAAAGCAAGAAAAAUCCGAUGAAGAAAUGCGCGAAAAUCUUGAUUCCGACCAAAAGGAAGAACCAAAAAAUAAUUUGAAAAAAGAAUUGGCUGAAAGCCAGGAAUCACCUACAAAGGAUCUGGUGGACGGAAAGGAACAUGUCGCAAGUGACAUUAAAAGUCCGGCCCUUGUUCCAAAACCAUGAACAGUGGUACCAUUUUUAAAACGAAGACCAUACAUUACGCGGACAUAAAAAUUCCAAAAGGACAUUCCAUCAUACAGCAUAAUUUCAUUAAAAAUUAGGAUAAACAGCAGAGAAACAAAGAAUAAAUCAGCAAUUUCUUCAACCUAGUCUUCAACACACUCCAUAC